AUGUCCGGCCUACCAUCAGAUGAUCUCGUCGAAGAUUACAAGAUCUCCUUAGAGGAUCUCACCACCAAUGACCGAUUCCAGAUCAACAACCUCACCGUGAUAGCUAGAGAGAACACCGAACACGCCAUGGCCAUCUCUAGGGUGUUGGAGAAUCAUAUCGGACAGUCGACUCCAUCGUCAAGAACGUUGGAACCCCCCUACACUCUGUUCCUAGGACAACACAUGUAUCAAACCUUUAUGAAUGCGUACGCCACGGUCGACCAAGCUACUCGUCGCAAGCUCGACGAAAUGCUCAAAACGUGGAAGGAGCCUGUGCCGGGCUCACUCGACACUCGUCCCGUCUUUUCCUCCGACAUCACUCGCACCAUUGAGAAUGCUCUGAUUCGAGCACGCACCGCUGCUAUUGAACGAGAGCGACCCCAGGCCCAGGUCAAUCGCGGUCGUGGGACACCUACAGGCCGGCCCAACAACAACACGCCACCGCAAGGCAUGCCUCGUCCGCCACCUCAACACGCCAACAAUGGGCGUCCCAUGCAUACAUCGGCCUUGAUCGCUGCUGCGAGAACCAACUUCGCCAACAGCCCCUUUGACCCUGCUUCUCAGGCGCGUUUGAAAGCGCUGCUUGAUCUCCAGAGUAUUCUGCAAAACCAGCAGCUCACUACAGAUCAGAUAAAGCUCGUCCGAGACCAGGUCUCCGCUAUGGCAACGUCGAACCCAGUGCCCAACGUGCCUGUGGCAGCACCUCCAAUUCCAGUUCCAGCACCCGUAUCAACACCGCCAGCACAGCCCUCGUCGCAGUCACUUCAAAGUCUUCUCAAUUCGUCUACCCUCGCCGAUCUCAUCAAAGCAACAGCAACUCGACAACAACCCACUUCACCUCCCCAGAUCCCCAAUGCUUUCCCCCAGAUGCUCCAGAUGCCUCCAGUCAGCAGUACACCGCAACCUGCUGAAAACCCGCUGAUUGCCCAACUUCGUGCGCGUGGCCUGCUUCCUUCUCAUUCGGCGCCGCCUGUCAUGUCCUCAAGCAGCCCGCCGCCCAUGGGAGGAGGGUCUAUGCCAUUCUUUAUGCCUGGUCAACCACACUCUACACCGCCAGCCCCGACACCACCCCAAGCAGGCGCUUCAUCCGUAGUUCCGAUGAAAACUGCUUUCAUGAAAUUUCCGCGUCUCAACCUUGUGGUCUCUCUGUACGACGCAAAGUCAAACCGAUGCGGCACCUGUGGGCGUCGCUUCCCUACAACAGCUGAAGGCAAAGAAAAGAAAGCAAGGCAUUUGGACUGGCACUUCAAGACUAACCAGCGUAUGGUUGAUGCUUCCAAGCGAGCCCAGAACCGUAGCUGCGAUGAUUCAGGCCCGGCUGACACGGAGGCCACAACCGACGGAGAAGUUGGAGCAGAUGGCAAACCCUCAAAACAAGGACCGCCCAAGGCAUGGAUUAGGGCACCGAAUGAUGCCAAACUUCGCAACACCCCUUGUCCCAUCUGCCAGGAAAUGUUUGAAUCGACUUGGUCGGAAGAUGUCCAGGACUGGAUUUGGCAGGACGCCAUCAAGGUGGCUAGCAGGGUCUAUCACGCCAGCUGUUAUGCCGAAGUGACGGCGAAUGAGGCGCCGCGCAGCUCGACACCGCAAGGACGAAGCGGCACACCGGACUCCAUCCUGGGCAAGCGGAAGGCGGAGGGAAAUGACUCUCCGGGACUCAAUGUGCGGAUUAAGAUGGAGCCUGCAUGA